AUGUUAUCCUCUUCUUUGACCAAACAUGUGGCUUUUGUUUCUCCACCUAUUUCCAUACAUUUUCCAUCUUCAAAAGUUCAAAUAGAAAUGUUCUAUACUGAGCUAGACUCCAAAUCGUUGCUGCCCAAACUUUGCAACCUCGUCGUCGUUGCCCCCUAUUCAUGCUUGUCGUUGCACUCUGACCAUAUAUCUCUGAUUCAGGUGGAGAUGUUGGAUGAGUUUUCUUCCAUACCAUAUUGA